GGAGGUUGUAAGCUUGGCGAUUUAAAUAUACGUUUCUUAGACUGAGGAUAAAAAGACUGGAAUAAAUUUGGAGUGUCCAAACCUACAUUAAUUCCUUUCAACCCACAUGUUUAAUUAAAAUGAAUAAGCCAAGAAAACGAGAGUUGUCCCUUACCUCGAAACGAAAGUCAUUGAUGCCAGAUUUAAUGGAGGCAUCCGAGCCCGAAUCAAUUCCCGGUGGUUCUGGUGAAAGUACAGAGAAUGAAGACACACAUCAACUGAAUAAAGAUGGAAUAUUGACCUCUAUAAACGAUCCAGUUUUCCCAAGUUUUCCAGACAAAUUGCUCAGAAAGUUAGGUCUACAAGGAAACACGCCAUUCAGCAGUGGCCAAUUAAGUGAAAAGGAAAUUGAGAACAAGUUCAGCAAGCUGUCCCUGGGUUUCAGGACAGAUAAACUGACUUUAAACCAGAGGAUCGAAUUACAGCAGCGCCAGAGAGACACCGCUGAAAAGAGUGUGGAAAAUGAGGCAAAAACACUUAAAGAAUAUCUAAAUGUGCUGAACCAACAAAGCACUACACAUCAAAUGCGAAAAUUAAUCAGCAAGGUUCAACAACAAUUAGAGAUUGUUCAACAAACAUGUGCACGUGUUUCGAGCUGUGCCGAAUUAUAUGGAGCUGUUCAACAGGAGGAGAGAAUGAAUCGUGCCUUUGAAGUUAUGGUUUCCUAUGUCGAAAAUUUGAAGAGAAUUUACGAGAAAGACCAUCAAGAGUUGGAAGACACUCGGCGUUUGUUAAUAGAGAAUCGUAUGUUGCCAAGCAACAAUGAAACAGGAGGUGAAGAACAGGGGAUGCCUCGCUUACCAAGAUCUAUGUCUAUUAGUGCAAUAGGAAAAGCUGAAUACCGAGGUCGUCUUUUCAGUACAGCGGGCAUUUCAACAAUCGGUUUAGGAACAACAACAACAACCAAUAGUAACUUGUCAUCUAAAGCAUCAUCUCAUCUCACACUCUCAUCUUCUGCCACUCCCUCACCGAAAUAUUUAAGGAGUAGACGUAGCUCUUUACCGACCUCAGGACUUGGUCUUGUUGUUGGUCGUCCCUCCAUUGUGACCUCUACACUUAACAACCAAGGUACCUAUCCAGAAAAUAUUGCAGAACAGGAACCAGAAUGUGUCGUUCAGGAGGAGAAGGAACAAGGAGACAAGGGUUCGCUGAAAUCUGAUUCAUCCAGGAAGCUACAAGAUUCUACAGAAGAGAGUAAUAUGGACAAUCAUCUUACUACCACAUCUUAUACAGAGUCGGUUGGAUAUGAUCCCGAAAUGAGGAGACAUGAAUUAAGAAGUUUAGCAAACUGUGAAAACCGUGAAGAGGUGCUAUUAGAACAAAACUACCAAGGUUUCGCAGAGGACGAAGACAACACUGACCAAGGAAGUGAAAUGGGAGAAAAUACGGAAAAUAACUUAAAUAUUCGUGAAAACUGGACCGUUAGAGAUAGCAAAUUGUAA